UAUCGGUUGACACUGAUAUAAAAAAAAAAUUCUUUAUUGUAUAAUGAAUUAAAAAAGAAGCAAAUACUCCCUCUAUAAAAGUGGUUCUAAGGUAAAGGUGCUCAGUGCAAUAGACACAUCUAGCUCUCAUAUUAUCUCCUUAAUUAAGGAAUAUUUGAGCUUUAGCUAGAAAGACAACUAUUCUAACUAGCUGCAUCAAGCUAGCUACUCAACCAGCAUUGCAAGAUGAAGAAGAUCAGUGUGGAAGUAAAACCUGGAGAGGCUGAUGAGAUGAAAUGGGUUCAUGAUUCUUCAGUGGAUCACAAAGGCAGGGUUCCACUCAGAGCUUCAACUGGUUCUUGGAAAGCUUCUCUCUUCAUUAUUGCAAUUGAGUUCAGCGAGAGGUUGAGCUACUUUGGAAUAGCAACCAGCUUGGUCCUUUACCUCACAAAGGUUAUGCAUCAAGACCUCAAGACAGCAGCAAGGAAUGUGAAUUACUGGUCUGGUGUCACCACUUUGAUGCCACUAUUAGGUGGAUUCAUUGCUGAUGCAUACGUGGGCCGUUACUCCACUGUGUUCGCAUCAUCCAUUGUUUAUAUCAUGGGUUUGGUUCUCCUAACUCUGUCAUGGUUCUUACCGAGCUUAAAGCCAUGUGAUCAUGCUAAUAUAUGCACCGAACCAAGGAGAAUUCAUGAAGUGGUUUUCUUCCUUGCCAUCUACUUAAUAUCUAUAGGAACUGGAGGGCACAAACCCUCCUUGGAGAGCUUUGGAGCUGAUCAAUUUGAUGAGGAUCAUGUUGAAGAAAGGAGGCAAAAAAUGUCCUUCUUCAAUUGGUGGAGUUGUGCCCUCUGCAGUGGACUUAUUCUGGGAGUGACCCUCAUUGUUUACAUACAAGACAAUAUAAAUUGGGGUGUUGCUGAUAUUAUCUUUACAGGGGUUAUGGCUUUCUCAUUGCUCAUUUUCAUACUAGGAAGGCCAUUUUAUCGUUAUAGGAUACCAACUGGGAGUCCCUUGACUCCAAUGCUGCAGGUUCUUGUUGCUGCCAUUUCCAAAAGAAAGCUUCCAUACCCUUCUAAUCCUGCUCUAUUAUAUGAGGUUCCCAAGUCUCAAUGCAGCAAUGGAAGAUUUCUGAAUCACACUAAAAAACUCAAAUUUCUUGACAAGGCAGCGAUUAUUGAAAAUGAUGGAAAUUCAGCUGAGAAGAAGAGUCCUUGGAAUCUAGCAACCGUGACUAAGGUUGAAGAAAUGAAGCUUAUAAUUAAUAUGAUCCCCAUUUGGGUGUUUACUAUACCAUUUGGAAUAUGUGUGGCACAAACAUCUACAUUCUUCAUCAAACAAGGUACUACGAUGAAUAGAAACAUAGGUAAAGGGUUUGAGAUUCCUCCAGCUUCAAUUUUCACUGUUGCUGCCUUUGGGAUGAUAAUUUCUGUGAUCAUUUAUGACAAAAUUCUAGUACCCUUGUUAAGAAAGUUAACUGAAAAUGAGAGAGGAAUCAACAUCCUGCAGAGGAUUGGUUUUGGAAUGCUUUUCUCUAUUAGUACAAUGAUAGUUGCAGCUCUUAUAGAGAAAAAGAGGCUUCAAGCUAUUGAGAGGGAUCCAUUGAAGGGUUCAUUAUCAAUGAGUGUCUUUUGGUUGGCUCCACAGUUUCUAAUUAUUGGUUUUGGAGAUGGGUUUACUCUUGUGGGUUUGCAAGAAUAUUUCUAUGAUCAAGUUCCAGACUCCAUGAGAAGCUUAGGGAUAGCAUUUUACCUAAGUGUGAUUGGGGCAGCAAAUUUCCUCAGUAGUAUGCUGAUAACAAUUGUUGAUCACAUAACAGAGAAGAAUGGGAAGAGUUGGUUUGGAAAGGAUUUGAAUAGUAGUCGCUUGGACAAUUUUUAUUGGCUAUUGGCAGCUAUAACCACAGUGAACUUGUUCUUGUUUGUGUUCUUUGCUCGUAGAUAUUCCUACAAAACUGUGCAAAAGAUUGCAGUGGCUGAUUGCUACGAAGGAAAAAGUGAUUUUGGUGGUGUGGAAACUAAGGUUUGAGCUCAUUAGUUCAGUAUUAAAUACUAAUGUCAUUUAAAAAAAAAAGGGAAAUGUUCCAUGUAGGACUAAAAUAUUUUAUCAUUGUACUAAAAAAAAAAAAGUAUUUUAUCAAAUCCCUUUCUGCUGGCAACUU